UGCCCAUCGUCGUCAACGUCAGUCAAGAAUCCUCCAAGGCCGUCCUCAAAAUCCGCCACCCGGAAACAAGUGCGAUUCAAGCUUCGCACUUCCGCCUCAAUAAACCCACCUGCCCAGCAUGAUCAUUUCGAAACAGAAUAGGCGCGUCAUCUACGAGAACCUCUUCAAGGAGGGUGUCCUAGUUGCGAAAAAAGACUUCAACGCGCCGAAGCACGAAGAGCUCGAUGUGCCCAAUCUCCAGGUCAUCAAGGCUCUACAGAGUUUGACCUCCCGGGGUUACGUCAAGACCCAAUUCUCAUGGCAGUGGUACUACUACGUUCUCACCCCUGAGGGUGUAGAGUAUCUCCGUGAAUGGCUCCACCUCCCCGCCGAAAUUGUGCCCGCUACUCACAAAAAGGCUGCACGUCCCCCACGCCCCGCUACUGUUCGCCCUGGAGGAGGAGAGGGUGCCUACCGUGCUCCCCGUGGCGACCGUGAUGACUAUCGUAAGAAGGAGGGUGGUGCCCCUGAUAACUUCAGGCCCCAAUUCGCUGGUGUUGGAAGAGGCGGACCCAGGGAUUAAAGGGCGUGGUGAUGAGUCUUAUUAUGACGAAAAACUUGUAGUAUGGCCAUGCAUCUUCGAUCCUAUGCCCCUCAUCUUUAUAUCAGCUUGUUCACAACCUCUAUCUCUCUUCGCGUUCCAGGACCACGUAUGGACAUGUGAAUGUGCGCUGGG